GCCGUGGGAUUCGGGAGUGACGUGAAAAUUGCAAUGACAGUGAUCUAAAAAUAAGGACGGUGGCGUCGUCGCAGCGUGUGCGCCGCGCGUUCCUUGCCUCAGUCGAGGACUGAACGUCGCGAGUUACAGCCGAACGAACACAAGCCGCAACCAUGGUGUACGAGAGUGACUUUUACACGACCCGCCGCCCCUACAGGCCCACCUCUACAUACAGCUCAGUCACGCCGCUGACGUCGACGUACUACUUGUCGUCAUUACUACCAUACUACCACGUUCCGUACAUCACAUACAUUCCUAAGCUGUCACAGGCUGAGUUAAUAUACCGGCCCACGACUCGCAGCGUCACCCGACUCGUCACGUAUCCCGAGCCGCCACACCAUAUCGUGCGCGUGCGUGUCCGUCCGUCCGUAAUCCUCAGAGAACUGGACCGCAUCAACCACAGAACCAGGUCCACACUAGCUGUGUCGGCUGUCGACGACUUCUUCAGAUCAGAGUCUACCAAAGCUUUCGAAGACGAGAGCCGCCGCAUCCGCGCCGACACCGCAUCAUUGCUACAGCGCGCCCGCUCCGUGGUCCCUCGCGCCGCCUCCGUACUACCUGCUGACACUGUCUACUCGUACGGAUAUGGCGAGCCAGUGCCAUACAGGUUCAGCAACGACGCUUACAUCGCCAGGCUUCUGGUGCCUCUGCGCAGUGUUGCCGGCAAUAUCCACAACAUUUCAUUCUACAAUGAACCCGCUAAGAGGUUCACCGGACGCGGACACCUCGCGUGCGUGCACUACUCCGGUAACAAGGCCUUCUCCAGCCGAAGACCCCUCUACAAGGAGCUCAGCAUCAGAGACGACGUGAACCUCCUAUCGUUCUAUGCCAAGAACAGGCUCGCGGCCGCCGGUCUGGCCGUCGAGAAGGCCACAGUGAAACUGCUACCGUGGAGGCCGAGCCGCAAAUUCCAGGCUCCCCAGAUCAUGGAAGACCCUGCCUUGGAGCUGAAGGCUGCGAAGGCAGAGAGGGAAGCGAGGUUCCGCGCCACGACUGUUGAACCAGUCCUGACUCCGUCUGUAGACUUGGCGGAAAUUAAAAAGAAGAGACAAGAGGAAGCUCGCGCUGCUGAAGAAAAAGCACUAAAGGAAGAAGCUAAGCGCGAAGCUGAACGCAAAUCCCAGGCAGACCGAGAGGCAGCAGAAAGGAGGAAGGCCGAGGAAGAAGCACGCAAAGCUGAAGAAGCUAAGCGUAAAGCCGAAGAAGACGCAAGAAAAGCUGAGGAAGAAGCCAUUAAGGCUGAAGAGGCUCGUCUUGCUGAGGAGGCGCGCUUAGCGGAGGAAGCUAGAUUAGCUGAGGAAAAGAAAGCUGAAGAAGCGAGACUUGCUGAAGAAGCAAGAUUAGCAGAAGAAGCGAGAUUAGCCGAAGAAGCAAAAUUGGCCGAGGAAGCUAGAUUAGCAGAAGAGGCCAGACUAGCGGAAGAGGCUAAGUUAGCAGAAGAAGCCAGACUAGAAGAGGAAAGGCAAGCGGAACAGAGGAGACAAGAGGAGCUCGCGCGUUUGGAAGAGCUGGAGAAACAAGCACAGGAGGAGCGCGAGGCAGAACUUGCACGACAGGCCGCUGAAUUAGCAGAGAUUGCAAGACAAGAAUCAGAACUAGCCGCCGCCCGCCUCGAAGAGCUGUCCAAGAGCGAAUCUGCUGAAAAUAAUGAAGCUUUCGCUGACGCUGAGGAGAGCGAAACUCCAGCUGCAGAUGAGCCCGAACCCAUCGUAGAAGAACCGGCCAGCCCCGAAGUCCUCCCCGAAGCAGCCGCCGAGCCCGCUGACGUCAGCGAAGACGAGCAAGCGGAACCUGACGUCACGGACGAGGAAUAAACUAAAAUUUUAAAGUUACUGCAUUUUGCUCUUUUGAGUGUGAAUGGACGUAUGUUAGAAAAGACGCAUUACUACUUGCAACACAAAACCUCAAUAACAAAUAUUUUGAGGUGUCGUGUUGCAAGUGUCUUCAUACAAACAUCAGUUUUGUUGUUAUGGAGAUUUUGAUGCAACAAUUUGUUUAAAUAUCGGGGUAAAAGCUAAGCAUUUUUCAAGUUUUUCCUUACUUGAAUGGUGUAAUAGCAAAAAACAUCUGUUUGUUUUUUCUAUCGUCUUUCUGCACGUAAUGAAAUUACGCAAACAAGAAAGCACUUUUCCUUCCCUCAUAUGACGAUGUACUACCACCGUAACAAUGUGAAAGUUAAACUAAAAAUUAAAUGUUUUAGUGUAAGUGUUCUAUAAUGUUAUAUUUUGUUAAAUUUUAACAAUAAAAGACAAAUUAACA